CUGAUUCACAUUUUUCCGUCGGACUGAACUCCCGAAGAUCAGCUUGCAGUAAUUCCUUCAGUUAGUUUCAGGGAUUGAUUUGUGGGACCCAUCCUUGACCUGUCGUCUACAUCGUUGCAAUCCUGCGACAAACUCGCGUCUCGUCCUGAUCGCGGUCCAUGAGGCGACAUUGGGUGACAUUCCCAUGUCCGUUGUCGCUAGGAUAAGUCCGAGUUGUGUCAACUGCCGACCAGCGCAGGCUUGCUUCUGCCGAUUGAUCAGCACCCUUGUUGACCUUGCCGAUUAAUGCCUUCUUUUACUUCUUCGAGAAAGCUCGAAAUUCCGUCUCGAGAGCAACAGUUUAGCCGAAUCCCCGCGGCAGACCUCUUGUAACGCUCGCUAGGAUGAAUCCCCGCGUAUCGCGAGCUUCUCGAACAUCAUGUCUCAGAUUAAGCGAUCUUGGAAUAUUCGUGUCAGCGCCAGUGCUUUUGUCCGGCCUGCUUGUCCUGGUUCUGAUUGCCGUCGAUCGGACAAUGGCUCAGCCGCCGGAAUCCAACGGCAGUCAGACGUGCGAACUGACGGAUUACGUCAGAGCUUCCGGGCCCUGUCAAGAUGGGAAGAGGGAGAUCAACUUUGAGAAGGCGAAUCGCAACUGCACCGACCCCUUCAAGUUCGAGAACAUUCGCAAGGAACCCUGCGAGUGCACGCCUUCAGACUACGAGAAGGAAUACGCGAAAGGGGCCGAUGGCAAAUGCUACCUGCAGUAUCGCCCAGGCAACUGCCAGGGAGGGCAGGAUUCCAAACGAAUUCCGGUUGACCUUCUCUUCUGUGAGCUGAAGCCUGUUCCGUGCACGGAGGCGAACAUGAAGAGCAUGUACCUCACAUGUGACUACAUCCGGGACCCCGCCACCGAGCAGCCCCUCUCCAAGACGCGCAUGAUCCAGGUGGUGUAUUACUUCGACAACCAGUGCAACCCUGCCGCACGUGGCUCGCUUGCCCUCCCUCCCAGCGAUUACAUCCCAUGUGACACGCGGUGUGGCCCAGGGAUGUUUCUCAAAGGCAACAACUGCCACAAGUGCCCCGCAGGCUACUACAGCAUGGGCGGUGGCUUCCGCUAUGAUGCCUUCAGUGACCUCGACCCUAAAGUCUUCCAGACUGAAUGCUCCUUCACCAACACUUCUGGCACCUUCCCCUGUGAUGGGUGGUACGCGGAGGAGGGGCAGCUGAAAGUGGGGUCCUAUGACCCUGCGAACUACUGGCUGGAGGAGGAGUGCGCGUACAACAGCAACAUGACAUGCCACAACAACCUGCAGUCCACACUCAAGCUGCCGCUCACUCUCGUCAGGGAUGGCUACGUGACGUUUCGCUUCACAGUGAGUUCGGAGCGGCAGCGAGACGGGCUGGUCUUCUACAUCGAUGACCUUGAAACACCCGCCAUGCUGCUCGCAUACAACCAGUUCGACCCCAAGGAGGUUCGAUUCCCCCUGGCAGCAGGCCGGCACAUGCUGCGGUGGACGUAUAUCAAGGACUCGUCCUUCACACAAGGCAGGGAUUCUGCUGCCAUACAGUUCCUGGAGGUGGACGGCAUUGCGUUCACCGACUCAUCCUGCCUCAAAUGCCCUGCUGGCUUCUUCAGCGCGGAGCAAGCCACCAACUGCACAGCAUGCCCUCCUGACCAAAUCUCAGUCGAGGGGUCAGGGCAGUGCCAGCCGUGUGACAACGCCACAUACGCCCUCACCAUGCCCCGCACCCACUGCAUCCCGCGCCCAUUGUGCAAUGUGACGGUUGACGCCACCCCCACCUUCACUGCCUGCACUGCCUCCACUGGCACGCGCACACAAGUGUGGUCGUGGCUCUCCCCCCGCGUGUGCCAGCCGGACCCCUCUCGCGGACUGCCUCCCAACACCACCUUGCCUUGCGAGCCCUGUCCCUCGGGCCUGUAUGCUGUCGUGGAUUCAGCAUCUGACACUCGCACCUGCACCUUCUGCCCCACUGGCACAGCAAGGAACGCCUCAGCACCACCACCAACACUCCCCCCUCCAGGCGCUGCCGCUCCUCCCUCCUCGCCCUCCCCCACAUCGGACGAAGCAUGCCACCCAUGCCAGCCUGGCGAGGCGGCAGUGAGGAUGCUGCUGCUAGAGCAUUUCCACACAGGGGAGGACGGGAAGCUUCCCAGCGGCUUCCAGACUGGCUGCAGUGGGGAGUGUGGGUCGGGCGGGUGGCGGGUGGUCGGGGAUUACCUGGAUUCUGGGGUGAAUAACGGCAAAACUGCUUCUGUAUGGCUGGCACUGAACGUGAAUCUCUCCAUCCCCGGCUCCAUCACGUACGACUUUGACGUCGACAUUCCUCCCGGCGACCUGCAGCGGGGGCUCUUCUUCUACGUGGACGACAACCUGGUGGAGAACAUUGAGGAUGGGGGCAACAUGGGCUUGAGCGUGCCGGUGGGUCGCAGCAGCAGCAGGCAGUGGCCGCUGACCGCGGGCGCGCACCGCAUCAUGUGGGUGUGGGUCACACUCAACGCCGACCGCACCUCCGUGGACCGCCAGUCCGCCAUCGUGCACAGCGUGCGCGUGUGGGGCGCCGCGCAGGGGGGCGCGCCGGGGUGCGUGCGCAUCCCUGCAGGCGCGCAGAAGGGGCAGAGUGCAGACGCGUGGGAGGAGUGCCCUGCGGGGUACUACAGUGAGGGGGGGGAGGGGGUGUGUGAGAAGUGCCCCACCAACACCUUCAACCCUAAACCGGCUGGCAACCGCACAGCCUGCCAGCCCUGUGGCCUGGGCACAUCCUCCUUAGAAGGCAGUGCGCAGUGUGCCAUCGGUGACGUCAGCUCGCCCUCCUCCUUCUGCACCUUCCUCGUGCGUUCGUUCAACAGCACAGACACGCUGCUCUACGACCUCUCCCCCCUCGCGCACCAGAGCCUGGGGCGCCUGGUGGGGCCCAUCUACGAGGGGCCGUCCUUCGUCGACCUGCAGAAGGGCCCCAAGUACUAUGUGUCAGUGUGCGCCCGCAGCAACAGUGACAGCGCGGUGUAUCGGCUGGGCUCGGGUGGUGGUGGUGAUGCUGGUGGGCGGGAUGGCGGUGGGGGCAAGGGGAAGAGUGCAAACACGACGUACCCGUGCAUUAUGUACACGGGCAAGCCUCUCAACAACACCUAUGUGUGCCGGAUCAACCCCAGUCUGAGCGCGCACAGCACCGCCACAUCGGCGCACAGCUUGGGCGACACCGUCUCGCUGGCCCCCCUGGGGAGCUUCUCGCAGCCGCAGCUGCAGCGGCGGGGGCUGGUGAUGUCCUUCCAGGGGGAGAGCUGCCCCAUGUCCGACGCGCCCAGCACCUUCAACCUCACCUUCAUCUGCGACCCUGAGGCUGGUUAUGGCCACCCCGAGCCGUGGACAGAAGGGGGCAAGAAGGCAGCCCUGGACCCGACCCUCUCGUACCCCACAUGGGUCAAGCGGUCCGGCGAGGUGAUCCCGGUGGGCCGGGAGGCGCCGGUGUCGUGCCUCUUCCAGAUGGUGUGGUACACGGCGCAUGCGUGCCCGCUCUGCACCGUGCUGGACGUGGAGCCUGUGGCCGUGGCGGACUGCAUUGAUAACAAGCGCUUCACCUACAAAUACAAGAGCCCUCGGCUGUGCCAGCCGAAUCCGCAGGUGCCCUUACCUCCUGAUGAGUUAUGCCAACCGUGCAUGGCCGACGACUACCAGAGGUUCGAGGAUUCCUGUGCGGACUCCAAAGGUGUGCACAACGUAACAUACAUAUGGAAGGCCCCGAAGAUUUGUAACGAGAACCUUCCGGGAGCGCAGAAGCUGCCGGAAGGGAUAGUGGCGGGGCCUUGUGACAUGGAGGUGAAAUACAUUGCGCCAAGCACUUUGAGCCCCAAGUACAUUGUCAUCUUCGUGCUCGGAGGGUUGGCCAUUGUGGGCCUUGCGGCUAUGACGGUGACAACUUGGCUCAAGAGUCGAAGGAUUUACCGGGAGUAUGCCAGGCUGUGCGAGAAUGUGGAGCAAGCAGAGGAAAAUGAGAUGGAGGAGAUGGAUGGUGGUGGUGAAGACGAUGAGUACGAGCACGAGGGAGCAAGUUUCCAUAGGCGCGGAGAUGAUAGUAGUAGCGGGGCUGGUUAUUAGCAAGAUAGAAAUACCAAAGAACAUGUGCUAUGAACGUAAAAGUGAGAUUUUGUGAUUGUUCACAUCAGAUACUGCAUUUUCCAGCAAAAU